AUGGUCUUCAGGUUUGAACGAUACUCGAAUCUUAAGCGAUUGAAAAUCAACUGCAAUCAAGUUCACAUUGAGGAAAUCCGUGUGGAAAAUAACGCGUGGAUCGAUUUCGACUUGGAGGAUCCUCUUGAAAAUUUGUCCGACUACGACUGGAAACGUCUGGAUAACGCUGACGAGAUCGAUGAGACUUUCAAAAUCCACCUUAAAGAAUCGGACCCUUGGUGUGAUGGAGGUGAAUUGAUAAUUGACUUAUCUGAGUGCGAUUCUGGGAAUGUAUCGCUGAACGAAGACGGUUCCUUUGACUUGAUCAUUUCAAUGAAAUUCUCCCUCGAAAAUCCCAGGUCGGGUGUUCAUUUUAGGACACCGUUGUUGAAAGAUGGGAACAUCGAUUGGAGUCUAGCUCACAUGUUCGCCACGCCGUAUUACAAUUCAGCUCGAUCCUGUUUUCCGUGCAUCGAUGCUCCUGACAAGUUAUGCCUCUGGGACCUGGAAUUUUGCGUGCCCAAGCACAUGUCUGCUGUUUCAUCUGGGGAUCUAUUGAAAUGCAUCCAGUUCAAUAAUGGAAAACGGCUCUACAGGUUCAGCCUCAGGGUACCGACAGCUGCUCAAAACAUUGCUUUUGCUGUUGGAAAUUUUAUUGCGCAUGUGGAUCGACAUCAACCGCAAAUAACGUCGUUUUGCACUCCUGAAUUCGUCGAUAUCAUGCAAGACGCGGUCGACGAAACCUGGAAGAUGCUGGCAUUUUUUGAGGGCUACUUCAAAUCGUCCAUUUUGCACGAUUCGUACAAGCAAGUGAGAUAUCCUCAAACAUAA